AUGAAGAGGUCAUGUCUCGCGGACUGCAUCAACCUGAACGUCGAAAUAAGUACAAACUACGGCAUAACAACGAGAAUCGGCCGUUGUCUUCCGAUAAAGCACAUGUUUACCGGUAUGUUGGACAACGUGGUGAAAUGUUACCCACCUUUUCCAGGGAAUGAGGCGAACUACUUACGUGCUCAGAUAGCUCGAAUCAGUGCUACAACACAGAUUUCACCUGAGGGAUUCUAUAUGUUUGGUGGCGAUGAUGAGGAAGAAGAGGAGGAAGAUGAAGAUGAUGAAGGUGGGAGACUAGAUCGUCAACGGUAUUCCAUGAAUCCAGAAUAUGAGCCCCUGCCAGUCAAAGAACUGGCGGAC